AAAUGUGAUAUCAACUAAAUGCUUAUCAACUCUGGUUUAUGCGCUUAUUGCGCUUGCGUUGCAGAGUUUAAUUUAACGUUUGUACAUUAUUAUUGUUCCGUUCGAUCGUAUUACUUUUUUGCAUUUAUGUAAGCAAUUGUAGUUUGCAAUUUUUUUUGACAUUGUUAAUAGAUUUGCAAUAAUUGUGUACAAUGACCGGUUUUGGUUUUGGCGCACAGUCAACCAGCUUUGGAAUAAAUACUCAAACAACGGCUAGUCCAUUUGGUAAUAAUACCUAUUGCUUUAUAUUUAUUUUAAAAGAAAGAAUUAGUUAAUAUUAUUGUAUUGAUUAAAAGUUAAUAAUAUAAUCGAAUAUUUUUGAGUAAUUUGGGUUGAUUUCUGGCUUUUAGGUAAUGGGAACAAUUUCAAAAUUAAAAAAAAAUCAUCAAAUAUACUUAACAAUUGUUUGGGUACCAACCCAGACAAAUUUCAUCUAUUUUCAACUACACCCUACAAUUGGAAAAUAGGUUAAAAUAUUGAAAAAUGCUUCAUAGAUUUUGUAAAGCUACUUAAAAUAUAGUUUGUAAGUAAUAAUUUCUGUUUUUCUAUUUUACCCCUAUAAGAAUUUCUUGAUACUUUAGUUACACUGUUGCAGGAUCUUAAAGUAUUGUAAGUUUGUAAAAAGUAGUUUGAAAAUGAAAAAUCUGAUCAUGUAUUAAUAAUUGUCUGGGUAGGUACACAAAAAAAUAUUACAUAAAACAAUUUUUAAGAUUUGAAAUUUGUUUUCUCAUUACUCAGAAGUCAGAUUUCAACCACAACUUGCAUUGUCAUUGAAUUGUAAUUAUAAUUUUAAGGAUUUGGUUCUACAACAACAUCUGUUGCUCCAUCAUUUGGAUUUGGUUCUUCGGGAACAUUAGGUAGUUUUGGUUCAACAACAACAUCUGGUACUUCUGGGUCUUCUUUUGGUUUUGCCACUUCUACAACCAGCACAGCACCAACAUUUGGAUUUGGAGCUACUACAAAUGCAACACCAUCUUUUGGAUUUGGUGCAACUACGGGACCUUCAACUUCACAAUCAAUAUUUUCAGGUUUAGGACAGUCACAACCUACAACUUCAAUUGGUAAAUAAUAAUAUGUUUCAAUAGGUACAAUUAAAAAAAAAAAAAAAAUAGAUAAUGAUUGAUUUUUAUUAUUGAUUAUAAUUAUCAUAGCGCCAUCAUUUGGUGGGUUUGGCACAUCAUUUGGAGCGAAACCAUUUGGGGCAACUACAACAACUGCAUCACCUUUUGGUUUAACUUCAUCUUUUGGGCUAAGUAAACAGAUUUCCAUCAAUUUUCUUAUAUUUGUUUUUUAAUCAUAUUUUAAAUAAUAUAGAUAAUACUAUUCAACAACAACAACAACAACAACUGCAGCAGCAACAACAGCAGCAACAACCUGCUCCUACUACAAAUGAUUUGGUAAUAAACUCAAUAGUAAAUUGUAAAUUAUUUGGAGAUGAAAGAGAUCAAGUUAUUUGUAAACUUAACUUAUUACAAGCUUGUUGGGGCACUGGAAAAGGUAUAUAAUAUUCUUAAAUAUAUUAGCUACAUUAAGUUAACUUAUAUUAUAAUUUUUUCUGUCAUUUUAGGUUAUUAUGGAUUAAAUACACCACAUGUUGAUUAUACACCACAAAAUCCACUUUGUCGUUUUAAAGCUAUUACAUAUAGUGUUAAACCAACAUCAUCAAGUAGAGAUGCACUUGUGGAAAUAAUUAUAAAUAAAAAAAUGGAAGAAAUCAGGUAAUUAUGAUCAAAAUAAAUUAAAAUCCUGAAUUCAUUAAAUAUGGUUAAUAAAUAAUAUUGUAAUAUCUAAAUUAAUUUAGACUAAAGGCAGUAUUAUGAUAUUUAACUAAAUUACAUAAAAAAAAAUAAAAUAGAAAAUAUCAGAAAUCGUUAAUUGUAUACAUUUUUCUUUUUUUCUUUAUGUUUUGCCUAAUUAUUAAUAAAACUACAAGAAAAAUCAAACCUGCUUCAUGUAAAAACUAGACAAAAUUUGCUUUUGGAGAAAAUACAAAACUUUUGAUUUUAAAACAAAAAUUAUUCAUUUAAACAUAUCUUUCAUUUUAUUGUUGAUGUAUAAUUUUCAGAAACAAUACAGUUCAGUUAAAAAAUUUAAAAAGUACAUUAAUCAUUAGAAAAAAAAAAAUCAAUUAUUACAAAUAUUUAUGUAUUUGAUUGUUACUGUGUAUUAUUUUCCAGAAAGCAAGAAGUGCAAUUAACAUCAAAUUUGUUUGCAGUUUUAGGAAGUAAACCUAAUUUAAGUGUACAUUUAGAUACAUUAAAAUGGUAUACAGAAACAAAAUCUAUGGCCUUAAUAUAUGUUGAAGAAAAGCUCCAAAAUGGUGUGUUUAUUUCAUUUUCAUUCUUGAAAAAUAAUAUAGUUUGUCAAUUGUUUGAUUUUAGGAAGUACAAAAAGAGUUUCAAGCAAUGAUAUAGUUAACUAUCUAAUGCAACCAGCUCCCAAACAACAGUUAUCAUCUAUGGGUGUAGAAAAUAUAUUUUCCUACGGUGGUUUUACUGAAGAAAAUUUACGUGAAUAUUAUGAUAAUCCACCUGCUGGUAUGAAAAUAAUUAACUUUUAUUAAAUUAGAGAUUAUUAUUUAAACCAGGGUUUGGUUAUUAUUAGAUAAAAAAGAAAUCAUUAAUUUAAUACAAGAAAAAACAAGUAGGUGUUAUAAAUUUUAUAGACAUCCAACAUCUUGUAUUUUUUUAUUAUUGAUUAAAUGUUUUAUAGUAUAUAUUUUAAUUAAUGUUAAUAUUCAGAGUUAAAGUGUAAAGCCAUUGGAGGAAAUAGAUAAGAUAAGGGUAAAAUUUAAUUUAUUUUAUUUUUAGGAAGUUUUUAGUUUCAUUAAUUUUAGAUUCUGAAAAUGUUGAUACAUUCUGGAAUGUAUUGGUUUUGCAAUGAUGUUUAUUUUUGUUUUUUUAUAAUGUGUUCACAAAUUCUAUCAGAAAUCUUGCUCUGAUGUAUCAAGUGUAGCACCUUUUUUUGAAAAGGAAUUUUAUCUAGUUAGUACUUUGGAGAAGUCAUUUUUUGAAAUCUCAAGCAGUUUUCAUAAUAAUUGGGAAAAACAGAAAAAUUUACAAAAAUUAUGUUUUUAUUGUUUUAAAUUUUAUUAUUUUGUUGUAAUUCAGUCCGAAAUAUUUGUAGAAACUUGAAAUUUAGACAGAAAAUUGAUAUUUGCCUUUUCUAGACUUGGUAAAAUGUUCAAUAAUUUUGAGCUGUUUAUAGGCAUUUUAAUUUUGUGGAUUUUCAAGUCAUUUUUAUUUGGUAGGUUAGGAGGUUCAUUAUAAGUUAUACUUAGUGGUCAACAAGAAAAAGUUGAAUCCAUAGCAGUAAUUUUUCAUUACAAGAAUUUGAAUAUUAAAUUUUGAUGACACGUUAUAAAUAUUAAAUUAAAACAUGUAUAACUGAACCCCGCUCAGAAUCGUUUUUUUUGUUAGUAACAAUUAUUCUUUACACAUAGAUAUAUAUUAAAUUCGCCUUUAUAUCCUACCUUAACUAUUUUAAUUCACCUUACUAUUUAACUUAAACACCAGUGACCUACCCAACAUACAACAGUCAAAUAAAUUCAUUUACGCAGAUGAUAUAGCUCUUCUAUGUCAAGAAAAAACAUUCAAACUUUGCGAAAAAUACCCCACAGAAGACCUGAAUGAAUUAAAUAACUGCAAUAACUGGAGGCUUACACCGAACCCAUCUAAAACUGAGGUUACACUGUUCCAUCUCAACAAUAAAAUGGCAAGACAGAAAAUAAAGAUGGUCUUCAACGAGCAACAAAUAAGGAAUAAUUCCAACCCAACUUAUUUAGGAAUAACAUUGGACAAAAUGUUGACAUACAGAGAACAUCUAACCAAGGUGGCAGCAAAAAUUAAAACCCAAAAAACAAUAUAAUAAAUAAGCUAGCCCAGACUACUUGGGGUUCAGAUGCGAACACGAUUAGGAUAUCUGCACUCGUCCUCACCUACUCAGUAGCCGAGUACUAUGCACCAGUAUGGCUUAACAGCUCACAUACAAGUAAAUUAAACACAGAAAUUAAGUCAGCACCAGCCUCUUGGCUUCCAGUAUUGAGUAAUAUAGUGCCACCUCACCUCCGAAGAUACAAUUUCCUAGUUCAAGAAAAUAACAAUCUUGCUUUAAAUCGAAGUUUACCCAUACACAAGUACAUGAAUAAUAAUCCCAGCCAAAGAUUAAAAUCUCGUAAGCCUUCUUAGAAGCUGCCAUAAAAAUUAAUUAAUGAAACUAUAACCUUAACUCUAAAUGAGCUGAUGAAUGGAGACUAAAUAAUCCUAACAAAUUCAACAUCAUUGAACAACCUACCAACCCUAGAAAGGAUUCCGGGGUUCCAACUACCCCGGAAGAAAUGGGUGACCCUAAAUAGACUAAGGACUAUGGUCAUGGAAAAACAGAAAAAAUUCUCCAUAAAUGGGAACUUAGGGAUACACCACAAUGCGAUUGCGGACACAAUUCCCAGACAGUCAACCAUAUCGUGGAAAAAUGUCCAAUGCGCAGCAUACUAGGAGGAAUGGAACAUCUUCAUAAGGUUACAGCAGCAGCAACAAACUGGCUAACAAAUCUGGACAUUGGAAUUUAAGACAAUGUAAACACUAUCUCGACUUAUAUUUUAUCUUCUUGACUAAUUAUUACUACAUAAGCUCCUUAUAUUUUAUAAAUCUAUACAUUUUUUUAUUUUUAUUUUUAAAUUUAUAUUAUCUGAAUCACUUAUUUGUAGUGGUUGUUAUUGUUAUUACGGUAUCUAUUUACGUUGUUAGUGUUGGAUUUGAACAUGGAUAUAUAUAUAAUAUCUCUAUAAAAUUACUAAUAGUUUCUUUGUUAUCUAGUGGUAGGAUCUACCAUUUAUUUAAUGCAUAUACUUAUGUAUAUUUUGUAUAUUUUUUUUUUAUUUUUGCGUAAUGGUAAAAUUUAAAUUAUCAAUUGUAGAAUUUGUAAUUAUAUUAAAAGUAUUCUUGGAAAAUGUUCACUUUGUGCAACAGAAUAGGUGAGAAGGUUCUAUGCACAAGGUAAACAUUAAUGAAUAAGUGUGUGCUGUUGAAAGUUUAUUUAUAUCAUUAAUGUGUCUCAAAUUGAUCAUAAAAUUCCAUUUUUAGGGAUUGAUUUAAGAGUGUGGAAACAAGCGCAAGUAGAUAAUCCAAAUUCAGCUGUAUUCAUACCAGUUCCUAUUGUUGGAUUUUCAGAGUUAUGUUGGAAAUAUAAAUGUCAUAAUGAACAGGUGACAGUACAUAAGUUAACACUUAAUAGCAUUGCUGAAAGGUUAACAGAAUUAGCUAGAAAAAAAACUAGAGUGGAAUCUAAACUCGAACAGUAUACUGACAAAAUGGAUCAAUUAACACACAGAAUUGUUAAAUUGUUAGUUGGACAGAUGGUUUUCUUAAAUGCUGGAAUGGCUCUUAGACCUGAAGAAGAAAAAAUAAAAAAUCAGCUAGAAGUUUUAUACAAUGAUAUUAAUUCACCAUUAAGAUUUCAAGUAUAUUAAAAUAUUCAAUAUUUUUAUAUACAUAUAAUAUAAGUUGAUAUUAAGUUUGUAGUUAAUUUAUUAAUUUAAUUAUGAUUUUAAAGGGAAGGUUAACAGAAAUCGCUACUUUAGUUCGGUUGAAAAAUUCACAAGUAUCUGAAGACUCAAAUAGUAAUUCAGCUUGUAUUCCUCAAGUGGCUGAAGAAAUUAAACACGUAAGUAUAAAAUAUACUUAAAUGUACUUAUUAAUAUACAUACAUAAAUCUGAGUUGGUUGUACUAUGAUCAAAUUAUAGCACUUUUUUACUCAUAAAUAAUUUUUUUUUAAACUUUUACUAAUUUGAUUUGUUUUAAUAAAUCUAAAGUAUAAAAACUGUUUUGCCUAAAAAUUAUAAUGCAAUCAAAAAGAUCACAGUGUGACUAAUGGUGUAAUUUACAUCAGCAGACCUAACACCGGGUUAAUAAAGUUUAUUGGUUUUACAGUUUUUAGAACUUCAAGAAACAAUGAUUUCCGAAAUGCAGAAAGUAGUCAAAGAAGAUUUUAAUGCUAUACAUUUGAUGAAAAAAUCGUUAAAAAAUGUAAGAUAGUUACUUAAAUUAUCAUAUUUUGAUUAUCUAUUACCCGAUUUAUCAAAUAAAAAUAAAAAUAAUUGUGCUUUAAAUUAAUAAUGUUACAAGCUUAUUAUUUUAAUAAUAAGAUUUAAAGAUUAAUAUUUUUGUACAUUAAAUUUAAUACAUCAAUAUAAUAAAUAAAUGUUCAACUUUUCAUUAUAAAUUAUUCUUACUACAGUUGUUGGUUUGUAUUCUUUUCCCUAAUUGUCUUAAACACCUUAGUCAUCAAUUUUUAUUUACUAUACAAUUUUAAAAAUAUUUUCUAACCAAUAAAUUAAUGUACAAUAUGUUGAACACUAGAGGCAGGAGGGUAA